CCAACGUCUCCCAUCAUUGCUGCUGUUGUUGUUGUUGUUGAUCACAAUAUCACCAGCACGUUACCUUUCUUUCAUUCACCACUGACGGAAUCACUUCCCCACACUUCAUUGGCACAACUGGCAAUCUGAAAGCAACUACCAUUUUCAUGGAAAAUAGCGUGAAAAACACCCUCAGCUUGGAAACGAGGGAACAGCUCAAAGAAAGAUUGGCUUUGCUGAAGAAAGAAUAUGCAAAGACGGUGUAUAAAUUACAGCGUGCACAGAAAGCUGAGCAAAUACAGAACCAUGUUAAAAAACCCAUUGCACAUCAUAAUCGACUAUGGGAAGAGCAGAGCUCAACCCAGCUGACAACAGAAAAUGAGAGCUCCACUACUUUGAGGACAAAUUGGUCCAACUCGUCACUUGAGAAGAGUCAGGUCCCAACAGAAGAAAGUAAGGAAAAUAAUUCAACUGUGACAUUCAACAUUGUACCGGAAAUCAUCGAGUGUCCAAAUCAACCUUUAACUAGUAGGUGCAAAAUUGUUGACUCUUCAGGCCAACAACAUACUACUUCAGAUGAAGAAUUGAAUCCAAUCACACAGACAGGGAGUGGAGUUCAAAGUCGUUUAAAACUUAGAAAAAGGAAGUCCUGUGAAGUAUUGAAAAGAGUGUGUGAAUUAACUGGUGAGCCAGGUAAGCCUUUGAUUGCUAAUGGAGUGUCUUGUGUUAAAAAAAUGGACGCCCUGGAUUCCAUCAAUAAUACAGGCACCAAUGUCUCCCAAACUCUUGAUGGAUGUGUUAAAGAGAACAGAUGUCAUGAAGCACUCCCCCAAGCUGAAGACAACACAGCAUUGGUAAAGAAUGGAACACAGGAAGUAGAAGAUAAUUCUGUGAUUUUGCCCAUGGGCAGAAUUGAAAGUAACUCUCUCCAUUACUGUCACGGGGACAACCCUAUUGAAGAGUCUGCGUUCAAAAAUGAAGCUCUUCCUUCAAGAGAAAUGGUGACUGUAGAUGGUCAACUGCAGGAAGGAAAGCCAAGUUGCUCUCAGGACAUUAGUGAAGCUUCUGAGUCCAACCUAAAGAAUGAGGGAGUUGCAGUAGGAGCAGGUGAACUGCAAUCAGGUACUGCUGUGAGUGAAUCUCUAGGAGCUGGCUCACUGAGGUCUUGUACACUUGUUGAAGGACUUAUCUUUCCGGUUGAGUACUAUGUUCGGACAACUCGGCGCAUGACCAGCUCUCAGCGACAGAUAGAUCUGGAUGCAGUGAUUCAUAGUCAGUUGGGAAAGUCCAGAAAUGGUGGCAAAGGAAGACCCAAGAAGCUCACUUAUAAUCAAAAUAGUUCCAUAGAAGGCUCCCCCAAGAAUGAAGCAGAGAUCUGUAAUACUUUAUUACUUUUUAAAACUCAGGAGGGUGACGGUGGAGAGCCUAAUGCAACUUCCUUGCAGCCUGACUUGCAAGACUCGUGGAACAUUGGUGGCGAUUCCCAGGGUACUCAAUCAAACCGAAGAAAAGGAGGAAAAAGAGGCAGAGGAGAAUGUACAAAUGUACAGCUCACUGAAGCUCAUCUGAAGCCUGAGGAAAAAAAAUUAAAUUACAACAGAUUUCCAAAUGGUGUCCCAAUUGCUCUGUCUUCUGACGUUCAGAGUGAGAAUGAGGGCAAGAAGAGUGGAAUUAAUACUUGCCAACCAACACUUAACUCAAACAAACUAUAUGAAAAAUCUAUAAAUAACACAAAUAGUCAUAAUAUUUCAGGGAAUGUUAACUUUAAUAUAAAGAGUUCCAGCCAGACGCAGAACACAGCCAAACAACAAGUGGAACCAGUGCAUAACAAUAUUCAGACUGACAAUGUGUUAAAAAACCCUUUGAAAGAGGACAUGAAUGAUCUGUUGAUGGCGAAGGGUGAGUCUGCAGUAUGUGUGCCUGAGCCAUCCAGUACAAAUAGUGAUAUGGAUAGUCAGGAAAUGAUCCCAGAAACUCAGCAGGAUUCCAUUGAUGGCAUCUCAUUGAAGAAGAAUUUAAAUUAUACAAGGCAGUCAUUUCCAUUGUGGAUUGACUCGGACAGAGGGAAAACAGAGUCGCCAGUCUCUCAGCCCAAGAGGAGGGUGAAGCUCUCGAGAGGUAACAAUUGUCGUAGAACACGUGAAAGUUCCAGGAAGGUCGUUGAGAGAUUCCAAGAAGGGGCACUCGUGUGCUCUGAACCAUUGCUCCGUGUUAAAAAAACUAUUUUCACAAGGUUAUUUCACAGCCAGGAAGUCCAGGAUUUUGACCUUCCGGAGGAGGAGUAUGGUCUACUUAAGGAAAAACUAAGAGCAGAAGCAUUAAAGAAAUCGCGCCUUCCUUCCCAGCAUCAAGAAGUUGGUUGUAAUUUGGAAACUCGGGCAGAAAAGGAUAACUGGGAUAAAACACACUACACAAAUUCACAUGCAUCAGAAAUCAAACAGACUACAGAAAACGUUGAGGAAACCAACCCACAAGUGUCUUCGUGCUGCAAGGGACUGAGCAGAACCCCAGAAAAACCACCGGAUGAUAUUUGUCCUGUUCAGCAAAUUCCAAAAACUACCUCUGGCCAUAAACUAUCUUCCAACAUUUUGCUUUCGACCCUGUGUUGUACCCCACAGGCAAUUAAUGAUCAUCAGCAUGACCAAACUGCUGGUAGCCCUACAUUCCCUACACUUGGCUUCACUCCUGCCCCUGGUUCAACUGAGUGUUCUCCGGUAUUUUCCCAAAGUAAUUACGGAAACCAGAAUUCACCUCAAACUGGCACACACAUGUUGGAAGGUGUGGGGAAUUGUGGACAGAGGUUCCAGGCAGCUGCUGAAGAAGUGUCGCAAACAGAUUUAUGUCAGCUCACUCCAAUUAUAAAGGAAGGCAGUCAAUGUGUUUUCUCUGGAAAGGAACCUUUGAACAAUAAGGAUGAGGAGGAUCUCAAUUACAAAUAUGAGAAGAUAUUCAGCCAGCAAGAGAUGCCAAAUGAUUAUUGUGUUGAGGAAUUUUCAGAAAUUGACACUGCAAUUGAAGAGCAUAAAGAUGAUGUCUUGACUCCAUCUCUUGCUACUAUGCAAUUGGAACAAAAAGUGGAAAAGCAGUUAUUACAAUUAAUCUCCAAGAUACAGGGGCAAUUCACAGAGGCCAAUUACUCUGCAAACCUGCGCAUCUUUGGGAUGUGGGAGGAAAGCAGAGCACCUGGCGGAAACCCACACACUCGGAAAGUCAAGCAAAUUCUAGGGGCAUUCGUGAAUCCAUCCACAUCCUGCAUUAUUGACUUGUGCACAGUAUUUUGGAUGGUGAAAGAGACCAGAACUUUGUGUAUUGCUUGUGCCUGUGAAACAGCAGUGUUGCUAUGGGCUCCAGAGCAGGUUAACCAAUGGAAUAAUAUCUAUACUUGGGUCUUUGAUAAGGUUCCCAUAAUUGAACUCAUCCCCAUUCCAGAUGCUGUUAACAUUCUCUGUGUGGCUUUUGGAAGCCUGGAGAUAAGGGAAGUAAAGGUAUUACGCUCUACAGAGCAAGGCUGCUUGGAACAUACUCUGCUGCAGACAGGAGAUAUAAAUGCCGUGUUGGGGCUGCCUGGAUGGAAACUAGUCUGCUCUUGUGGCACGCUCCAGACUCAAAGCAUAGAAAUGAACACCCUCUCCAAAGAAGGAAGGAGUGAGCAAUCUAUGCAACUUGUCCCUCCCAAUGAGAUCGUUUUGGCUUUCAGCGAAGUUGAAGGGCAAAUAGAAGCUUUGAUCGGAUCGACUAUAAUGAGCAACAUCGUCAUUUGGAACAUGAAGACUGGGCACCUCCUCAAGAGGAUCCAUUUAAGUGAAAGCUACCCUGGCACUGUCUGCCAGAAGGCCUAUUCCCAGUCGGGAAUAUUGUUCAUUCUUCUCAGUCGUCGGUACAUUGGCACCUGUGAAGGAUUCGUUGGAGAGCAGGUCUGUGUUUUGAGAAUGGUGGCUGUUAAUCCCAUGAAUGGGAAAAGUAGACCCAUCAUGUCGUAUACAAUCCCUGUGGCAUGCAGUGGGAGGUACAUUGAUGGAGGUGUGAAGGGACAGUCCAUUGCAGCAAUUGUAACUCCCGGAACCAUGGUACUUUGGAAUCUACUGUCUGGCCAAAUCUCAACCAUGCUCCAGCAUGACUCUAAUGGGGACUGGUCACUAUUUUACUGGGCUGAGGAGGACUCGUGUCUUCUAGCCAGAAAGAACGAUAGCACUGUGUAUAUAUACAAAUGCUUAGGAGCCAGAACAGUAUGAAUAUACUAUUGCUGUGUCAAGAUUAUGCAGGAUAAACUUGCAGUACCUUGGUUCGUGAAACCUGUUCACCUCUUUUUUGGAUGAAAACCACCAAAGAUUUCAAUGUGAGCAAAGUGUACAAUUCUUGUGCACAAUGAUUUACUGAGCUACUGCACAGUGCUUUUUUUUAAUUGCAGGGAUAUAUUAUAAGUCACUAUGGACUAUUUCGGUAAAAUAUUCAGUGCAUAAUUAUUUAAUAUAUUCAAAUAAUUGCAGAUUUAUUUUGCAUUUAACUGUGGUGAUAGGACAUUACAGUUCCUUUCCUAAUGUACUUGAAGGGCAUUCCUGGAUCACUGUAUAUCAUGAUAACCGAGCAGAUUAUAUUUUCCUCUGUACACUGUCGGUUGAAAUAACCACUAAUGUAACGUUGGAAAAUCUGAGUUGUAUUCACAUCCGCUAACUAGAGCCAGCUUCAAAUUUAGAUACAAAAUGCUGGAGUAACUCAGUGGGACAGGCAGCAUCUCUGGAGAGAAGGAAUGGGAGACUGAAGAAGGGUCUCAGCCUGAAACGUCACCCAUUCCUCCAGCAUUUUGUGUCUACCUUCGAUUUAAACCAGCAUCUGCAGUCCUUUCCUACACAGCUUCAAAUUUACUUCCAUUUGGUAGUUGGGUUGUUGCCUUUCCCUAUUAAGGGGGAACUUCGAAAAGUUUCCAAAAAUGGAAUGAUUGUACUUGUUUAAAAAAAAUGAAAGAGGAUUAUAACGUCACAAAUCUGUCUUCAAUAAAUAAAAUCAAUUAAUCAA